AUGGAUCAGAAAAUCCACCCUGCGACUACUGUAUCCAACAUUAAAAACCUAAUCCCCAUCACCCUAGAGGUAGAAACCAGUCAAUAUUCGACAUGGAUCGAACUCUUUCGCACCAUCUGUCGAGCCUAUCAAGUUAUUCAACACCUCUCCCCCAAACCUUCUACCAAACCCUCCUCAUCGACUGAUGCGGACAAAGAUAAGGCUGAUGCAGACAAAGACAAGGCUCAUGCGACACCGGUCGAUGAUCAAUGGGAUCGAUUGGAUGCGAUUGUGCUCCAAUGGAUCUAUAGCUCAAUUUCUAAUGACCUUCCCAACACUAUUGUCACCCCGGGUAUGACCGCGUAUGACGCCUGGACCACGUUGGAGGGAUUAUUUCACGACAACAAAACCGCUAGAGCCCUUCAACUCAUCCACAAGUUCUCCAAUACCAGGUCAGAUGGUUUUCCCAGCAUGUCGGCAUAUUGUCAGGCGCUCAAAUAUUUGGCGGAUCAACUCACCAAUGUUGGUGCCCCCGUCGACAACAAGCGCUUGGUCCUUCAGUUACUCGGCGGCUUAAUAGAACCCUAUCAAAGCAUUUCAACAAUACUUCAGCAAAAGGACCCUACUCCAUCGUUCUACGAGGCAAGAUCACAGCUUAUCAUGAUAGAAGGUCAAAAGGUCGAAAAGGCUUUGUAUGCUUCACAGAUGGCGGCCCAAGCUCUCACAUCUAGCACAACCAAAACUCCUUAA